AUGUGCUCCACCGACAUUUUCCUCGGCCUUCUCGCCGUCCUCUUCCCACCAAUUUCCGUCUGGGUAAAGCGCGGUAUCUGCUCCGCUGACUCCAUCAUCAACAUCCUCCUCUGUGUCCUCGGCUACCUCCCCGGCCUCCUCCACGCCUGGUACAUCAUCGCCAAGCACCCCGAACCCGACUACGACUACGAGUACCAAAACGUCCCGCAGGACUCAGAGCACGGCCGCGUCUACGUCUUCGUCAACGGCCAGUCCCAACACCCCCGCCACCAGGGCUACCAGCAACACCCGAUCCCCCACGCCCAGGGCCCCAAGCCGCAACAGCAGGGCGGCCAGCCGAACUACGGCACCAACAACUACAACCACACUUCGGGGUCUGCGGGUGCCCCGCAGCAGCAGCAGCAGCAGCAGCACCAGCCGCAGGAGCAGGGGACGACUUCGGAGGCCGGGCCGAGUGAUGGCGCUGCGCCCCCGAGUUAUGCUCAGGUUGUUGCUGGAGACCAUAAGGUGCAGACACAUGACUAG